AGUAGCACUUUCACUUUGAGCGGCGCCUGUGUCUGAGUGGAGAACACAAGGGGUGACCAGAGGGAGAGGAGGGUGGCCCGCGUCUCUGCCGCUUUAUCCAUUAAGGAACCCAGGAGCUACUGAAAUUUAGGAAGAUUCAAGGUCUGUAGUGCAAAAAAAAAAAAAAAAAAGGAGGGGAGACAAAAAAAAAGCUCUUGAAAACGAAAGAAGGCUGCAGCCACUCUGGGAUUUAGAGGGAAAAUCCAAAGUGAAAGAGAAUGAUGGCUUGUGGAGAUUAAUGGGUCAUAUUUUGGAAAGUACCAGAGGAAACCAGAAGAAGAAAAUGCACUGAGGGAUGUGAGCAAGGGGACUGAACAUCGACCGCUAAGAGAGAGGAAAGGCAGAAGCGUGCUCUGUCAGAGACCUCAACAAACCACAGAGGGGGAAACUUUGCCUUUCACAGAGUGACACAGCUGAAGAGUGAUUGCUGUCAACAAGAGAAAUGGAGAAGUGUCCAUUCUUAGAAAGAUAAAAUGCCAGGUCUACUUUUGCUGCUGCUCUUCAUCGUCCAAUGUGGUGGAUGUGACUUUGACCUGAAGGGUGUUGGAAACAUAAAGGCAACAAUCGACUCUAAUCCAAAUGGAUUUCGGUCUGUGUUCCCUAAAGAUUAUCGUGUAGUCCACCGCUACACUCGAAGCAUGCUGUGCGAGACCGAGCCGUGUUGCGUGUUCUCGGCAGCAGUGGUUCUCGUAGAGUCCUGGCAUGUGCUCCUCACAAACCUCUGGGAUCAGCAUCUCAAUUACACCUUCAUCUUAGAGCUGAAGCAGACACUGGAUAGAAUUGUUGAAAAGAACAAAAAUAUAGAGAGUUUCAAGGAGGAGACGGAUUUCAAGCCGUACCCAUUAUUGUCUUCCUCACCAGAAGAACUAUUAAAUCUAACGUCAGAACUUUUUGCUCGGUGGCUCAAGGUGGGUUGCUCACCUUCAAUUGAAACUUGUUUCCCGCCCACGUUGCCCCCGUUUUUUGAAAGGAGGGACUACGGUCCGGUGAGGGGCAAACUAUUGACCACUCGAGCCAUCAGACGCGAGGAAGACCAGCCUGAAAAAAGGGUAGACAAUAAACCUCCAUCGUCCUGUGGAAGAUCUCGAUCCCGGCCCUGUCCUGCAGCUUUCUGGAGCCCCUUGUUAUUGUUGUUGUUAUUUGGACUCUACUGGUAGCAACUUUUUUUUUUUUUAUUGCACAAUGAUGAAACUUUUACCUGGCACUGAAUGAAUUAUUUUUGAGUUUUGAUGCAGUAAGCUUUGCUAAAAUGAAGUGAUAUGCACAAGCUGAAUUAAAUGCCAAAAGUCAGCUAACUUUGCUCUUGUUAUAUCAAAUAUAUAUUAAACCUUAUAGUCACUCUCUUGGUUGAAAAAAAGCCACAAGCUCCAGCUAAUUGUGCUUUCCUUGCUAACAAGAGAUCCAAACUGAGCUAGUCGGUGCACAUAAGCCAUUCUCUGUGGUUGCCUCACUGUUUACAAAUGAAUGUUGUGAGAGUUUAUUCCUGUAAGUAAAUGUAAGUUAAAGACUUUUAGGUAUAGUAGCAUUUGGUUUAAAUUAGAGUGAUCCAGUAACUUAUAUUUAUUAUUACGGUUCUUUUGUUGUUUGUCUAAGUUGGAAGAGUGCAUUAACUCUAGUGAAUGAGCUGAAAAUCUGAGGGCAAUAGUUUAGCAUUUAUCAGACAGUAAAUGUUGCUGCAUGGAUUAAUGCUCUGUUACUGAAACAGUAAAAUGCUUCUUUUCAUACCUUUGAUUUUAUCCAUGUCUUUGAGUUCUUUUUUGUUUGCUUAAUUUGAACAAAGUAGUCAUUAAGUUACUUUUUGUUCAUGCGAGAUCACUCGGAUGCUUUGGUGGUCCCUUCAGCGUUGAGAUGCUUUUGUUUAUGCCCCUGGAUUCCUUUAUCUAUUCAUGUGAGGUGAACUGUGAUGUGGAUAUGUCGGGUGAAAGCAAAAAAAAAAAAAAUUCAAAGAUAAGCUGCAGACGGGGUGAGGAGGAAUGCAUCGCUGCGGCUUGGCUUCUGUCUGAAACUAUAAGAGGAAUAAAAGUGAAAUCUUUACGCUAGCACUUGCCUCUGCUUGCACCCACACCCAGACAUGUAAUGUGUACCAUUGUCCUUGCUGUCGCCAUGGAAGCGCCGUGUUUUGCAUGUUCCUUGUUUACACUGAAUUUGUGUCAAGAUUUUUGCAAGGAGGAACAAACAUGUUUGUACAAAUGGGGACGGAAACACUUACAUUUGAAUACGUGAACUGCUCCGUUGUACCUGUUCCAGUCUGACGCAUAAAUAUUUUAAGACGUCUGCCCGUCUGGGGGGAUAAGUCCUGGUUUCCAGUCUGUGACAGGGGGGUACUAAUGUCUGGAGGUUUCAUAAUUCCCCUAAAUAGGCUUAACUGUGAUUCACUGAAACCUUGUCUUGGGUGGGUCACCGAAUACAGAUAACCCCAGUAAAAAAAAGAAAAGAAAAGAAAGCACACAUAUACAUAGGGGGGAGGGUUUCUGGAGAGGUCAGGUUGACCAUGCACAAUACAGCCAACAGUCUGGUGUCAUGUUUUCGAGAGAAAUCUUUCAAAGACUGCUUUUUCCUGGCAGCGGGGAGCCAAGCGCCAAAGAGGCCAGCUGAAUUCCCGUAAACAGGGUGGGAGAGAGAGAAAGAGGGGAGAGGAGGAGGAGGAGGAGGAGGAAGAGGAAGGGGGAGGACGCUCAAACCACGUGGUCGCUCCAUAGACCGGAAGUGCCCUUCCAAGAUGUCUGCGCCCGAUGAGCACGCGUUAAACCGAGGAGGAGAAGAAGGCGAGAUGGCAGAGAUGGAGGAAGAGGAGGAGGACGAAGGGGUAGAGAUGGAAGACGAAGAAGCGGACGGAGACGGGGGAAAGAAGGUGUACGUCCCCGGGAUCGAGCCGCUUCAGCCCGGAGAGGAGCUGGAGAUGGACCGCUCUGCGUACCGCGUGUACCACGAGUGCCAAACAGGUGCUCCGUGCCUGAGCUUCGACGUGGUGAAGGAUGGAGACGGAGACGGCAGGCAGCAGUUCCCCCUGUCCAUGCUGCUGUGCGCGGGCACGCAGGCGGAAACAGCCUUGCAAAACAGACUUCUGGUGAUGCGCAUGCACAACCUUCAUGGAACAGAGAAGGAAAACGAAGAGGAGGAAAGCAGCGAUGAGGAAAGCGAUGAAGAGGAGGAGGAAGAGGAUAAGAAGCCACAGCUGGAGCUGGCCAUGAUGCCUCACUAUGGAGGGAUUAACAGAGUUAGAGUGACCCAGUGUGGCGAGCUCCCAUUGGCUGCAGUGUGGUCGGACAAGGGACAGGUAGAGAUAUUCGACCUUCGCCCUCAGCUGGAGGCUGUCCACAGUUCUGCUGCCAUGGCGACGUUCGUCCAGCAGCAGAAAGAAGCUACACCACUGUUCAGCUUCUCAGGACACAUGAGUGAAGGCUUUGCAAUUGAUUGGUCCCCUAAAGUCCCAGGUCGCCUCGUCAGCGGCGACUGCAGAAAGAACAUCCACGUGUGGGAGCCUCGCGAGGGUGGAGCCUCGUGGCAGAUCGACCAGAGACCGUUCAGCUCCCACAGCCAGUCGGUGGAGGAUCUGCAGUGGUCUCCCACCGAAGCCACAGUUUUUGCGUCUUGCUCUGUUGAUCAGUCCAUCCGAAUCUGGGAUAUCCGCGCCCCGCCAAACUCGAUGCUCUCAGCCAACGAGGCUCAUUCGUCGGACAUCAACGUUAUCAGCUGGAACAGGAGCGAGCCGUUCCUGCUGUCAGGAGGGGACGACGGGCUCCUGAAGGUCUGGGACCUGCGACAGUUUAAGACGGGUCGUCCGGUGGCCAGCUUCAAGCAGCACUGCGGCCCCGUCACGUCCGUGGAGUGGAGCCCCGUGGACUCGAGCGUGUUCGCCGCCUCCGGGGCGGACGACGUCGUCAGCCAGUGGGACCUCUCCGUGGAGUCCUGCGACGUGGGUGCCAGGGUGGAGGGGGUGAAGGAUCUGCCCCCGCAGCUGCUGUUCCUGCACCAGGGUCAGUCGGAGAUCAAGGAGAUCCACUGGCACCCGCAGAUGCCCGGAGUGAUGAUCUCCACAGCCCUGUCAGGGUUUAACGUCUUCAGGACUAUAUCUGUGUAGGGCAUGGAUGUGUGUGUGUGUGUGUGAGUGUGUUUUGCAUUUAGUCGUAAAUAUGUGAAUGGAGCUUGUAAUAAUGUACAUAACAUGGCUAUGUAAGUAAGAACUCUAUUUCUGACAUUUACUGGCAGAGAAAAGUGCAUAAUGAAUUUUCUGUAUGUUCUACAGAUGUGCAAACCGUUUUAGACAUUUCCUCUUCCACGCUAACAAUAAACAGUUUAAAUUCUGA